UAUGCGCGUCUCGUUGACCGAACGCCGCGCGAGCCUGGGGGUUGCUGCAUUAUCGACAGAGAGAGGCUGUGCGCGGACGAGCGAGCGAGCAUCGGCAAUUGGUCGUCGGUCAACCGGUCGGUCGUUCGUUCGAUCGCUAGUUGAUCCCCACUGAACCACCGGCGGCCCCAUCGUGUCUCUCUCUCCACCGGUUGUGUCAGCUCGUUAGAAUUGCGUGCGUGAGAACGUGCCCGUUCAUCUCGAGCUUCUCGCCGUGAAAUCCCGAAUUUCACGCGUCGAAUCGCAGCGUGUUCCUCGAUCUCUCUCUUUACGCGUACGCGCGCACCGACCGAAGGGAGACACACAGGCAGAGCCGCACACUGCCAUCGACGCGCGCAAGCGAGUCAAGGAAGCGAGAGAGAGAGAGAGAGAGAGAGAGAGAGAUUUACGUAGGCCACAAGGGGCGCUAGUCAUAAACCGUGUAACACCUGGCGGCACGUCGUUAAUUAUGCAGUGGGCCGCAGCCGCCCUGGCCUCGGCGGCGAUCGCUCUGCUCCUGGACACGGCGGCCGCGAGGCAUCACCAUCGUUCCGGCAAUGGGCACAAACCGUCCGGUGACAUCUCCCUUUGGAUCGACCAGCAACAGAUUAAAAUGUUCAGCGGGGUCGAAAUGGAAAUAUUCGCGAUUACCGAAGGCAGGGUAUUGUCGUAUCUCCUGGAUCCCGAAUUCGAGAGCAAGCUUCCGAUCAUUCCGAGCGAGGUAACGUACGUGAACUUCACAUGGAAAUCCGGCGUGAAGAAGUACUACUAUAAUUUUUAUCGGCUGAAAUCGUUCGACGAGUCGAUCCUCAAAACUCCAUCCAUCACGAUCAAAACCCAAGGAAGAGUGCCCAAGAGACCGAAGGAAUUCAGCGUCCUAAUGCCUUGUUCCGGUAACAACUCUGGUAUAGCGCAAUUAGGCAUCGGUCUGAUGAUCGAGACACGCAAGGGGAAACCUUUAAACGGAACACCCCUUCGUCUUAACCUGAGAAAAGAAUGCACCGUGCGCGAACCAAAUCCUGGACCAUGUCCAGACGGAUAUCUGGGCCCGCCCCAUUGCAAGAAGGCUCUGUGUUAUCCAAAUUGCAUGAACGGUGGUAAUUGUACAGCGCCUGGCAUUUGUUCCUGCCCAGCGGGAUUUCAGGGACCGUAUUGCGAAGGAGGUAUUUGCGCGGAGAAAUGUCUGAACGGCGGCAAAUGUGUACAAAAAGACACCUGCGAAUGUCCGAAAGGUUACUUUGGAUUACGUUGUGAAUUCUCUAAGUGUGUAAUACCUUGUUUGAACGGAGGGAAAUGUAAAGGUACUAAUGUAUGUAGAUGUCCUGCUGGUUUUAAGGGUGAUCAUUGUGAAAUUGGUAGACGGUCCCCGCAACGUUCUGCAUGCACAAGAGCAUGCAGAAACGGAACUUGUCAACCUGACAAUACGUGCCUUUGCGAACCUGGUUGGUUUGGAAAAUUGUGCAACAAAAACAAGCCGUGGGCUUAGAAGUAGAAGGAUAUUUUUUUACCGUGGUAUUCAGUUUUAUAACCAAUUGGAUUAAUGCAGUAUAUUGCAUUCCUCAAGACUUUUUCUCUAUUCAAGGGGCAUUUCUUUCUUCAAACCUUGCAUUUAAUUUAAACGUUUGUUUCCAUUUAAGACAUAAUUAUACACAUAUGCGAAACAUGUAGUCUAACAAUUUUCAUCGAGUAUUAUUUUCCUAAAUAUAAGAGAAUAAAUAAUAGAGAAGCGUUCUAAAGUCCAAUUGGUUAGUACCACUAAAACUAACGUGUAUAGUUAGUA